GCAGGCGUCGUGGCCGUAGGGACGAAGAGGAAAAAUGGGUUCCGGUGACAAAACUCGGCCGCUUAGUCAAAAUUGGGGAAAUCACAUCCCUCGAGUAAAUCUACCUCCACUCCCUCCCCAUCAAAGAGUACAAAUCAUCGACCAACUCAUCGGCCCAUCGCUGAAAGACGAGGUCAUGAAGAUCACUCCCGUCAAGAAACAAACACGCGCUGGACAGCGCACGCGUUUCAAGGCCUUCGACGUCGUCGGUGACGGAAAGGGACACGUUGGACUGGGUGUCAAGUGUAGCAAAGAAGUUGCCACUGCUAUAAGAGGGGCUAUAAUAUUGGCGAAGUUGUCGGUCAUACCUGUGAGGAGAGGGUACUGGGGGAACAAGAUCGGAAAACCUCAUAUGCCGUGUAAGGUUACCGGAAAAUGUGGGUCCGUUUCCAUUAGGAUGGUCCCGGCUCCAAGAGGUGCGGGGAUUGUGGCGGCGAGGGUGCCCAAGAAGGUGCUUCAGUUUGCUGGGAUUGAAGAUGUUUUUACUUUUUCAAGGGGUUCUACUAAGACCCUUGGUAACUUUGUCAAGGCGACCUUUGAGUGUCUCCUGAAAGGGUAUGGAUUCUUGACUCCAGAUUUCUGGAAAGAGACACAUUUCACAAGGUCUCCAUUCCAGGAGUAAUGAUCUGUUGGGAAAGAAGAAGCAGCAACCGUCGAUGUAUGAUUUUCUUACAUGAAGAAGUUCCCUUUUAUCUUGUUAAGAAGAUGCUUAUCUUCACCCAUUUUUGCUGGUUUGGUUUUCUUACGAGAUAGAUAUUCGAUAGUUGUUCAGCAACUGCAGUUUUAUUCUUUCUUAUAAUCUAAUAUUGAUUCUUUACAAGAUUGUGGUUCCAUGAGCGGUACAUCUUUUUUACUUGUGCACAAGCAGUGACAAUUUGGGUUCAGAAUAAGAUAUGGAGAUGCUAAGUGGCCUUCAUGUUUUAUAUUAAC